UAUUUAUUUGUUCGGGGCCUUAUUUUUUCGUAAUUUUUCAACGAUUAAUUAUCGCGGGAUCGGAAACUGAUCCCGGUUCCGUUACCGCGGGACUGCAGGUGUAGAAGAGGAAAGCCCGGCUCGCAUAGAGAUCCUGGCAGAGCGGAAAAUGGCAGACGAACGGAACUUCCGUUCGACGUACUACGAAAAGGUGGGCUGUCGUGGAGUGGAAGAACGGAAAUCGCUCGAGAUCCUGCUGAAGGAGAAACCGCUCAAUCUGACCAAGCUGACCCAGUUCUGCAUACGAUUCACCGUACCCAAGAUCCACCGGACCGUACUCUGGAACUCGCUGCUCGGUGUAACACCGGUUUACGAUAAGUCUCGAGAGUACGUGAUGGAGCAGCGUGUGGCGGUGUACAAUGAUUUACUGAAAGCACUGAAAACGAUGCGCGUCGUGGACGAGAACACUCCGACCGCACGGGUACUCUAUGCGAUGUGGUUACUGGAGAAGAGACAGCUCUACCUUGGCCGGGACAUCACGCAAGAGAGCUACUUCUGUAGCAUUACCAACGUGUUGCUGGAGAUAUUCGACAACGACAUCGAAACGUACUGGAUGGCCAAGAGCCUGUACGAUUACUCAGAGGAAGUCAGCUUGGAGAUGGGCAAGCUGACCGACCUGACGCACACAAUCCUCGAGAAGACGGACGGUGGAUUGUACAUACACCUGAAAUCCUGUGAUAUGCUAAACGCCCUUCCGCUGACCGACUGGUAUCGAUCGUUCUUUGCUGGGGUACUCUCCGAACCGGCACUGAUACGCAUCUGGGAUAAGAUCUGUGGUGGUGCCAUCAAAAUCGUCGUUUUCGUGAUGAUUGAACUGUUGCGCUUCUUGCGGCGCCGGGUUCUCCAGUGCGUCAAGCAGGAGGGUCUCUUCGAGUGUAUUCACAGUAUAAAAAAUGAACAAGAAUCUGCUGAUGUGAUCGUUAACGCUGCCAUCGAGCUGUGGCAGCAGAACAAGGGGCACGAGUUUAUACCGCAGGCAAAGGUGAAAUCUUUGAUCUGAGCAGAGAAUUCCGGAAAACAAACCCUUACGUUGAUACGUUGCUGUUUUUAAUAUUUAAGUUUAUCUUGUUUUGUUUAACAGACAAAAAGUCGUACAUAUAAGAAAAAAGUAAAAUAAAGGAACCAGCCCGCGCGCUGCGGUGCACGUUAU